UCUCUCUAUAUGUAAACCACUGUCUCUUUUUUCUUGCUUGUUCAACUCCACAAUGAAACAAACCAAACCUCUCAACGGUAAAACACUAGCUCUCUUCUCCGCCCGCCUCUCCACACUCUCGUCAGAUUGAAAGGCUUCCACUCGAUUACAUACCCCCCACUGGUCCGAUUCCACAAAAUUACCGAGAUGGCCACCAUCACUUUGAGGGACGUUCAAGAGAUCGUCUCGAAUCUAUCCUCCGACAAAGCUAAAACUUACAAAGAAGGAAUUAAAUUGUUGAACACCUGGUUAGAAGGUGAAAGAUCCAUUCACUUUGUUAGAUACAUAAGACAGAAAACUGCAAUGCUUAAACCGAGAGAGAUAUGUCAUUCCGAAUCAUGGCCUUUUCUCAUUACACUGCUCACUAAGUGUGUAACACUGGAGAUAUUCUCAAGCAAGCGGCGAUUGCCAAAGUUAAUUUUUGCUAAAACUUUCCGCAUUGUUGUACAACAAGUGGAGAAUUCCAGCCUUUCAGGUAGGAAUUUGCAUCUGGUCUCCGCGGCGAAAUUGCUUUUCAACCAUAUCUGGGAUGUCUUAAUGGAUGUCCCAGCUUUCAGCAUGAGUACGGGAUUAUCCUCUGCCAUCUUUUGGUAGUUAGAGAUUAUCGAGUUCACAUGAGGGUGCGAGUUUAUUGCAGUUUGGCGAUUUUUCAUAUAGCGAAGGUGCAGACAGUGUGAAGAAUAGUACUCAAUCUAAUCCAAAGGAGGACGUGUUUCGCAGCAUCCUGACUCUCCAUUCACUUCUUGAAAUCCUCCUGGAGAUUUUCCAAGUAAUCUUCGAGAAGACAUUGUCAAGGGGAUUGUCACGAUUUUCUCUUUUGUGAGGGAAAUAACAAUUGCCGUUUCUUAAUUGUGCCUUUUAUAUUUGCUGAGAUUUUCUUCUAGAAGCAUUGACUUGUGGUGUAGCGUCCAAUCCUUUUGCCUACCUUUUCGUUUCUAAGUAUGAGGGGAAGCUUUCACGUA